AUGCAAUCUCAAGCUCGUGCGCUACCGCAUGUAGGAGCAUCAUCCAUUGUCGAUGGAAUAUUGAUGAUAUCAAAUAUGGAGGCAGAUGUGAUGGUAGUUGGUGCCUCGGAAGCCCCGAUCAAUCCGUUAAUAGUAGCUGGGUUUAACCAGAUCAGAGCGUUGGCUGAAAUUGCCGGGGAGAGGCCUAUCGAGUCAUAUUCACGACCUUUUGAUAAAGCACGAACGGGGUUUGUUCUCGGGGAGGGUGCGGCUGUUUUGAUUCUCGAGGAGCUGGAACACGCCAAACGAAGAGGAGCAGCCAUUCUGGCAGAAAUAACAGGCUUUGGUGUGAACAAUGACUGCUAUCACUUGACAGCGCCAGAUCCGGAGGGCCAAGGGGCCAUUUCCUGCAUGAAAAAAGCGCUUUUUCGUGCAGGGAUUGCCCCUUCAGAGCUGGGAUAUUUGAAUGCACAUGCUACUUCCACGCCAAUUGGUAUGAUUUGGCAUGUUAUUGUAGGCGACAAAAUUGAGGGAAACGCAAUAUUCAAGCUUUUCGAUCAGAAAAAUCAAACAAAGACCCCGCUUUUGAAAAGAUCGGAAUCUGCAGGAAAAGAACUUUUCGUGAAAGGGCAGACAUCAUCGGAUGAUAGAAAUUAUUUGGCAUCCAGAAGGGGCCUUGAUAUUGAAGAAUGCAGACAUGUAACCCCAUGCAUCCCGCUUCUGGUUUCAAGCACAAAGGGAGCUACUGGCCAUUUACUAGGUGCAGCCGGCGCUAUGGAAGCCUUGUUCACAGUUUUGGCAUUGAAACAUAACAUAGCACCCCCAACCCUUAACUUGGAGCAGUAUGAUUUGGAAAGCAUCGAAGGAUCCUCGAAUAUAGAAUACCCUGCAAAAUACGCCCUUCAUAUGCCUUUUGUAAAGCAUCUGAUGAGCAAUUCCUUUGGAUUUGGAGGCGUCAAUAUUUCGCUUCUGUUCACCAAAACUGGCCAAAAAUAG